UGGCUGCAUCCUGACUGCAAUGGAGGAGCGGACAGGGACAAGCCGGAAUGGAUGACUGAAUAACAUUAGCCGCCUUGUGAGGAGCAACGCUGGUAGUCACUGAAAUAGCGAGGGAGCUGACACAGAGGUUUAUACAGCAGAGCUGUGAGAGUGACUGACCCUAUCUGCAUUUGUCCAUUAGGGUGCUAACGAUAAACCAGCCAUGCCGCCCCCAGCUGACAUUGUAAAGGUGGCUAUUGAAUGGCCCGGUGCCAACGCUCAGCUCAUAGAGAUGGACCAGAAAAGACCUUUGUCCUCAAUAAUUCGGGAAGUAUGUGAUGGCUGGUCUUUGUCAGGCUCGGAGCAGUUUGCUCUGCGUUACGCUGAUGGUCCUCAGCUUUACAUCACUGAGCAGAGCCGUGGUGACAUCAAAAACGGGACCAUCCUUCGAUUAGCCAUUUCUCCCGGUCGUGCUGCUCGUCAGCUCCUGGAGAGGAUCCAGUCUCAUGGCAUCGACGCUCGUCUUGAGGCUCUGAAAGAGCUCGCCAAGCUGUCUGCAGACCCAACCUUUGCCACAGAGUUUAUCAACAUGGAGGGCAUCGGGACGCUGGCUCGUCUGGUCGAGAGCGGCACCCACUUUGGUGAAAUGCUGGCCUUCACUCUCACUGCCUUCCUGGAGCUGAUGGAUCAUGGCAUUGUGUCCUGGGACCUUAUCUCCCUCUCCUUCAUCAAACAGAUUGCAGGCUAUGUGAACCAGCCGAUGGUGGACGUGUCCAUCCUGCAGCGCUCCCUGGCCAUCCUGGAGAGCAUGGUCCUGAACAGCCACAGCCUCUACCACCGAGUGGCCCAGGAAAUCACCGUGGGACAACUCAUCGGGCACCUGCAAGUGUCAAACCAGGAGAUCCAGACCUAUGCCAUCGCCCUCAUCAACGCUCUUUUCCUGAAGGCACCAGAGGACAGACGGCAGGAGGAGUAUACUAACCCGCUGGAGCAGCACCUCACUGAAAUGGCAAGCACUUUGGCUCAGAAACACCUGCGGUCCAUCAUUCUCAAUCACGUUAUAAGAGGAAAUCGACCAAUCAAAGCAGAAAUGGCACAUCAGCUAUAUGUCCUGCAGGUGUUGACCUUUAACCUUUUGGAAGAACGAAUGAUGACCAAAAUGGAUCCAAAUGACCAGGCUCAGAGAGACAUAAUUUUUGAGCUGCGUAGAAUUGCCUUUGAUGGAGAAAAUGACCCCACUGGUACAGAAAAGAGAAAGGCGAUGUACACCAAGGACUACAAGAUGCUGGGUUUUACUAACCAUGUGAACCCAGCCAUGGACUUCACCCAGACUCCUCCAGGGAUGCUGGCUCUGGACAACAUGCUGUAUCUGGCCAAGGUUCACCAGGAUACGUACAUCAGGAUUGUCCUGGAAAACAGCAGCCGAGAGGACAAGCACGAGUGUCCCUUUGGCCGCUGCGCCAUUGAACUCACUCGAAUGCUGUGCGAGAUACUUCAGGUCGGAGAACUGCCUAAUGAAGGCUGCAACGAUUAUCACCCCAUGUUCUUCACCCAUGACCGGGCAUGGGAGGAGUUCUUCUGCGUCUGCAUUCAGCUGCUGAAUAAAACUUGGAAGGAGAUGAGGGCCACAGCUGAAGACUUCAACAAGGUGAUGCAGGUGGUUCGUGAGCAGAUCACCAGAGCUCUGGCGAUGAAGCCGUCAUCUAUCGACCAGCUGAAGAAUAAACUGCGUGGCCUCAACUAUUCCGAGAUCCUGCGUCUGCGACAGUCAGAACGAAUGAGCCAGGAUGACUUCCAGUCUCCACCGAUCAUUGAGCUGCGGGAGAGAAUUCAACCCGAGAUCUUGGAGCUCAUCAAGCAACAGCGACUCAACCGGCUGUGCGAAGGAAGCUGCUUCCGCAAACUGGGGAACCGCCGAAGGCAAGAGAAGUUUUGGUUCUGCAGACUCUCUCUGAAUCACAAAGUGCUGCACUACGGGGACUUGGAUGAGUCACCUCAGGGUGAAGUGCCUUUUGAGCUACUCAGUGACAAGAUCCCCGUCUCAGAUAUCAAGUCUGUGGUGACAGGGAAAGACUGCCCUCAUAUGAAGGAGAAAAGUGCUCUAAAACAAAACAAGGAGGUGCUGGAGUUGGCCUUCUCUGUUCUCUAUGAUCCUGAUGAAACACUCAAUUUUGUUGCACCCAAUAAAUACGAGUAUUGCAUCUGGACUGAUGGGCUGUGUGCGCUGCUGGGCAGGGAGAUGGGCAGUGACCUGACACGCAGCGACCUAGAUACUCUCAUCAGCAUGGAGAUGAAGCUCCGCCUCCUCGACCUUGAGAACAUCACGAUUCCAGAAGCGCCGCCUCCCGUGCCGAAGGAGCCUAGCUCAUAUAACUUCACCUACAACUACAGCUGAGAUGUGUGUGUGUGUACGCGCGUGUUUGCUAUGCAUGUAUGUGUUUGUCAAGGACGAGUAUCUUUUGAUGAAUUUAGCUGCAAAUGUGUACACCGGACAAGACUACUUUGAAUUAUUGUUUUUUUUUACAUUUCAGAACCUUGGAGACUUUGCCCUAUCCGUGUUUGUGAUGCUGUGUGGUUUCCAGAUAGGAGAAAUGUGUUUUUAGCUUCACGGGCAGGUCAGAGGUCAGGGUUCAGUGCAGAGUGUUGAUUGUGGAGCUGCUGGAGGUUCAGUGAGUGAAUCUUUUUUUCUCUGAAAAAUCUCCAGGCAGCGUCCUGAUUCAUGCUUCCCCUGUUCUCUUAUUUAAAGAUUAUGGAUGAAAAGAUCAAAAUCUGCAAAUGAACUUUGACUCAAGUACAUUUUAGUCAAAUUGAGGCUUAAUUGAUCAGUCAAGCCAUGUGUCUAGUCUCCAUGGCAACUAAAAAUGAAGUAGCCACCAUUUCAGUUGUGAUCCUGCGUUCACUUCGACACUGCCUGCCCCUCCACAUGUACAGAUGUAUGGUACAGUCUCAUCAGCUCUACGUUCUGUUCCCUACUGCAGCCUCAGUGAUGUUAAGAUUCGUCAUUGGAAUACAGUGAUUAAAGGACUGAAAUGUGACAGAGUUGUAGAGUAAAGUAAGUAAUUUAUGGAGGAAGCAGGUAAGAUGGAAGCACAUUCUUUGUUUCUUUCAUGACUAUCAUACAGGGAACAGAAAAGUGUGUUAAUAGUGAUUAAUUGUUUGAGCUAUUAAAUGUCAGAAAACUGUGAAAAAUGUCAAUCACUAUUUUCCAGAAGCCAAAAGAUAAUUUUAAAAUGACUUGUUCUGCCAAAAAACCAAAACACAUAUUUAAUUUGCUAUUUUGAAAACCCAGAAAACCAGCAAAUAGUCAUAUUUGAGAAGGCAUUUCAUAUUUUAAAAAUGCCAUUAAUAUCUAAACAACAAAGUGUUUGUCUUUUUUUUUUUUUUUGCAAAUGUACUGUCUGUCAAUCACUAAUCAAUUAUUAGACUACUGGUUUCGGCUCAAUGGAAGUGUUUAUAUUUGCUAUGGCUCCAGUCUACUCAACAUUGAUGCUGCUUCUCUGACUCACUUCCCUCCUCAGACCAGUACACCUUCUCCAUAACCUGCAAUACAGUGUGGACAUACUGUAUACAAACCCUACUGGGUUAACAAAGCUGUCCAAGUGUGUGAAAAUCCUUAAAGUUGCCCUCGCCUACUGUAGGUGUCUGUAAGUGUGUGUGUCUGUGUGUAAGUUUGUAUAUGCAGAUUUUGAGAUUUUGUGUGUGUUUACAUUGAGGGAUUUAAGGAAUAAUCUCAAUAUAUCAUGAGCUUGCUGCUCAUUGAAGUCGGGUCCGAGACGCUGACAUCCAACACUUAAAAAAACAAACAUGAAUGAUGUAAACCUUUUUCGAAUCAUAGUCACUGCAUUGCCUUAUCAGUCAUACAUUCACUAUGUGUCAUUUAUAAGCAGUAUAUGAAACACAUGACAACAAACUGUAUGGUGCAGUUGUAGCAGAUAUGAAGACAGUUUUUCGGUGUUUCUACCAACUAUAGCUCCUCCUAUGAUGCACUCAUAGUCGUUGCAUAAACAGUUGCGUAAUGUUAGAUUGCACAGUGUAACUUGGUUGUAAUAGCAUAUAAUCCUAUUUUCUGUAGUUAACAACCAGCUACAUAUUGGCUUAUAACAAUCUUGAGUGUUUUAUAAAGCAUUCAUUACAACAGGAUCACAACUAUAUGUAGGUUUAAUACUGACAAUGUAUGAUUAUCUAAGAUCAUACUGUGUUAUCAAACAUUUGUUGUUGCUUUUAAUGGUUAUUAGUUGUUAAGAAAUUUGUUAAUAAACACUACAAAUGCACCAAAAUCCACUACAACUACAUUAUACUAUAACGGCUGAACCAUGUAUUGUUUGUGUACUGCUUAUAAGAUAAAUGCUAAAUUUGGUUUGAUUUAAACUAAAGUGUGUUUGGGAGGAUCAUACUGUAGUGUGGUACAGAGUUUUGUUUAAAAAAAAAAAAAAGAACUUGGCUUACGUUACAACAGUGAAGGAUACCCUUGGUCGUUGAAUUAAUUACCAGAUUUGAAGCUUGAUUUCAAACAUUUUAUCACACUGUGCAAAUGCAAACAGGACAAAAGAGCAGCUCUGUUGGUGAUAUUUGGUUUACGUGCCAGAAACACAAUCCUGGAAGCAGGUCAAAAAACAGAGUGACAUCUAGUACUGCUCAUGUAUCACGCAGAGAUAUUACUUCCAGUACUAUUGCUUGAUGUCAUUUUCUUAUUUCCACAUAGUUAUUGGUUCUAAACUUUUUUCCUGUUGACUUCUAAACCAGUAAUAAUCACUGCUGUCAUUUAUUAAUGCAGAAUAGAAUUAUAUUUUUGUAAAUGAUUGUACAAUUUUAUCAGUUGUGAAGAGAAUGGGUAUUGAACUAACGUAGCAUUUUCACUUCGCAUCACUCUGUACAGUACAUUCAACACGCUCAUUCCACUCUGAGAAAUGGUUUCACUUUUUUCCAAGUGUCCACCACAGUUUCAUAUCACGAGCACCAUUUAGGAAUCACUCACUCCAGCACCUAAAUAUGAUGUCAGCGUUGAUGUAAUAAUAGAAAUCGCCAUUACUGUUAAUGCUGUUUGUGAAAAGAAAUACAGUUGAUAUUUGUUUCUUUUUCAGUUGUUCCUAUGUUUGGUUUUAAAUUGAUGUUGAAAUUGUUUUAACCUGUUACAAACUUUCCUUUUUUUAUGGUGGACCUGAGAGGUCAUUUAACUGCAACUUAAACACAUGCAAACUAAAUAAUAAGUCACAACAGCCUUCUUGGUUUGCUUGUGUUUUGCAUAUCGUGUGUUUUAUUAAGCUGCAGUGCUUGAAGUUCUCAGGGUCGCCUUAUUAAUUUAUAUUCCAGUAAAUCUCUGAAUCAUUAACGUGUGUUCAGAAAUCAACUGCAGCUAAAACAGAUCAGUAAUCACAAUAUAUUACAGUGAGCAUUCCUGCGUUGGAUGUACGAACAGUAUGACUUGAAGUUUUUGCAUCUGGCACUCUUUUACAUGACUUGCUAAACUAUUUAUUUACACUUGGUAGUGAUAGAUAAAAUGACAGAAUGACAAAAAAAUUUAAAUAUAGUAUACAUAUAGAUCAUUGUAUGUAUAUACAGUAUUGUGUUGCCUUAUUGAAGAAAUGUAUUAUGUUUUGUGUGAAUAAAUACAAAGUCUAACUACUG